GCGGCUCUGGGUAUCUAAUGAAACUCUUCCGUUCCACAAAUCCAACAUGUUAGUCGCAAGAAGCGCGGGGAAUUACCAGACACAGUGAAGAGCAUGUAUGAAUACUUGGACAAAGACUUUGACGGAACCGGUGCAACAGUCACUCGCCUAACCAAGGCUGGCCAAGCCGCUUGGAGAAAGGAAGACGAAGAAAAAUCCAGGAAGUAUGCAUCCCAUCUUCUGAGAUGCUUACAGCGCUGGGUUCCCAACUACGCCGAGAGACCUCCCUUAUAUGAGCCUCCGAAGCUUGGAUCCACGAAAGACACUUUGCCAGAGAAUUUUGCUUUCAGAUCUAGUUUCAGGCGUAUCACUGAGUUUGAGGCUAUGAACCUGUUCCUUCUGCGUCAACACGAGCUCGAUGGCCUCGAAAGAAAAACCGCUAAUAAUCCUUUGCUGGUCCUUGAUCCACUCCAAAUACUGGACUACGAAGAAGUCCAACAACGUGCAAUGGAUUGUCAUGGGGGCUUCGAAGGGCAUAACCAGAGAGUUCUUGCUUUGGCAAAUAAGGCCGUUUCAAACAGGCACUGGGAUUGGGAAGAAUUCCCGCUGGAUUUGAUGAUUGGACUUGCAUUGAGUCCAACAGCAGUGAAAGACUUGCGCGGUAAUUCCAAGUUGAAGGACAAGGCUUUGCUUGAGGUAUGGUGGCCCCCAUAUGAUCCCCUUGGAGACGUUUUUAUACGCGCAAAAUGUGCUCCGGGCCAUUGUGAUGGUUGCAGGAUGUAUGAUCCGGACGACUGGAUGUACAUGUAAUUUUUGACAUUUAUUUUGCAUGUAGUUUCACGACUGAUUAUCAAUGUUGACACAACCUGCUGUGCUUAUAAUCGAUUCAGG